AUGCAUGCAGUGCAACACUUCAGCCCGGCGGACGACGACGCGCAGGAGAGACCGGCCAAACGACGAGCUCGAAGCGCCGUUGCCUGCCAACGAUGCAAAGGCCGCAAGCAACGCUGUGACAAUGAGUUCCCAUCUUGUUCCAACUGCCUCUCCGCCGGCGAACCUUGCUCUUACGGCGUGAAGCAAGUCUAUCCGUCAGAAUACGUCAGGUCGUUGGAGAACCACAUCGCCCAGCUUGAGCAGACGUUGACCUCUGUCGACCCCAAACUGGCAGCUGACCAUCUUGCAAACAUGAACGAGGCCGCAGCUCCUCGGUCUUCCAGAGUGUCUGCCGAACCACAAGGCCCAGACGAUGGAGAGCAAAAUACGGAGCCAAGUCUGGAACUUGGGGUCGGGUUUGUCGCACUGUCGCCCAAUUCCUACCUUGGAACGUCCAGUGGAUUUCAGCUUGCGAAACUGGUCAAAUCUGCGAUGAAUGUGCCAACCCUGGAUUCACACCCAGCAGGAGAAUCGCGUCUUAGACUGGACCGAGUGCCCCCGUCUGAGCAGACCAGGCAGCACCCGGGCUCCGACAACCCUGUUUUCGCCGAGAUGCCCACCGACGAAAUGGGAGAGGAACUCACCAGCACUUAUCUUCUCAAGGUGUACCCCAAGCACCCUUUCUUGUCCAAGAAGAGGGUUCACGCUCUGAAUCAAGAUCGCGCGAGUCUCAUGUCUGCUCAUCAAUCACAAUUAAAGGAAGCCCGGUCGAGUCGAUUAGACUAUGCUAUUCUGCAUUUGGUUUAUGCCAUUGGCGCGAGGUAUCUGCAGUUGGCGGACGACAACUCGUAUCCAUCACCCGAGUCUCACUACGCAGCUGCUUUGACAGAGAUUGAUAUCAUCUCAGAUGUGCGAAGCCUUGAGAACCUGGAGGCGAUGCUCCUGCUGUCCAUCUACCAGUUAAGAUCGCCUACUGGUCCAGGCGUAUGGUAUGGUGACUGCCCGUUACAUCUUCUUAGUCGUUCACUAAUUCCUCGCAGGUGGAUGAUAGGUACAACGAUGCGACAUUGCCUCGACGGUGGUCUACAUCGAAAGACCAACAAUCUCUCCAACCUGGUCGAUCAGCGGCGCAAACGCAUAUUCUGGACGGCGUACAUGCUCGAGAGGUCUGUUGCCAGGACUGUUGGUCGUCCAUAUUCUGUGUCGGACAGAGACAUCGACGUCGCCUUGCCAGCAAACAUCGAAGACUCGUACGAAACGGAGGAAGAGAUCACUGCCGCCAUUGCGCAGUCGUCGGCAAAUCCACACCACAUCACCUCCCUAACCGCCGCCAUCCACAUCAUCCGGAUCCAACAGCUAGAAUCCAAGAUUUCCCAUACGGUCUGCCGGGUGGACAAGCCGAUAUCCGAACUCAAUCCGCACAAGAUCACCAAGCUUCGAAACGCGCUCGAGGAGUGGAAGGCUGCCAUCCCCUAUUACGUCUCCCAUCCUGACAAGGAAGGGAAGCUCCCUUACAGCACGACCGACUACCACAUGAUCCAAUACCACAAAGCGCUGGUGCUCCUAUUCCUGCCUUUGCUCCCGUCGCUCUCCCCGUCACACCCCGACUUUCGCCUGUUCGCCUACUCGGCCGGCCAAAUCUGCCAGAUGUAUAAGAGGCUGCACAACAAUCAGUCGUACAUUUCCUUCUCGUUGCUCGCCCUGCACGCCAAUUUCGUCGCCGGUCUCGCGUUGGUAUACUGCUUCUGCCUGGACCCCAGGCUCUUCGACGCCAAUUUCAGCAGCGACAUCCGCGCCUGCAGUACCAUGCUGUACGCCAUCUCGGAGCGCUGGCCGGCGGCUCGCAAAGUCCGCAACGCGUUUGAAAGUCUCGUCUCCGCCACGAUCGAGGGGAACCAUGGCGCCGCUCCUUCGACGUCGUCGUCGUCGUCGCCACCCUCCUCCUCCGCGCGGACUACCCGCGUCUCGGGGAGAGUUGGCCAGGGACAACAGGCGCUCGCUGAGCCAGCGCUGUUGUCUCACAGUGGAGGGCCCGAGAGCAACCGAUAUGCAGAAAAUAGAGUUCAGGACAGUGUUUGGGACAGCUUCGAGACGGUACUGGGAGAUUACCAGAUCAACGAAACGUGGAUGUACGAUGGCAUCAUUCAAGCCAUGGACACCUUUCCAACGGAUGGCUGGACUAUGUGGGGAGAUUUUUGA